AUGGCUUGGUGGGACAGCUCCGCAUCAGGCUGGGUCUACAACCUCGUACCUACCUACGCACAAGAGAUCUAUAGGUUCCGAAUAGAACUCGAGGGCGAGAUUGAUAUUCUAGUUAACCACCCGGGCCAUCAGCACAUAGUCAGCCAGAGACUCACCAUGACUGCUAAAUCAUUGCGCAAGAUUAAGAUACUGGCGUCUGAUAUCUCGGUGUAUUUUCCGGAUCAUCCAUUCGUCGCUCACAGACGUCCUGGUUUCUUCCAGACUACUUUCCCUCGACUAUGUGAUUUCAUCGAGAACACUUUGAUUGAGCUUAGUAGAACUGUUAUCCACGAUCCGCACAGUGAGCGCUCUGUUGCUUGGCAGCUUCAGGAUUUGCUCGAUUCUAUAUAG